AGUUGCUCAUGACAGAGAGGUGUCAGAACAUACGUGUGAGCAGAGGUUAGAGAAUGUUGCUAGUGGGAUAACUGGUUUAUCUACAUCUCUACAUAGGAGUGGCCUAACAGUAACUAGCACUCUAACAUCCUGUGUCUGUCUGUGUGUCUCUGUGAUCUGCAUGGAAAAAAUUUAAUCGGCUUCCAUGGACUUUACAAACAAAUGCCAACCUCUCCCGACUCAGAGACCUGACAACACUGCAUUCACUCAGCAGAGACUUCCCGCCUGGCAGCCUCUACUCUCCGCUAGCAUUAUCUUGCCAUUGUUCUUCCUUGCAGGAUUAUCCUUUAUAGGAAUUGGCAUUGGGUUAUAUUAUUCAUCAAAUAGCAUCAAAGAAACAGAGUAUGACUACACAGGUUCCCUGUCAGGUAAUUAUUGCUAUCCAUGUGCAACUGCUGCUACGCCUUGCUACUGCAACUUCACUUUUAAUAUAACAGAAUACUUUCAGGCACCUGUUUUUAUGUAUUAUGAACUAUCAAAUUUCUAUCAGAACCACUAUCGGUAUAUGUCAUCUAUAGAUAAUACGCAGUUAAGUGGAUUCCUUGAUAAUCUAAAGAAUCCCUCCAAUGACUGUGUACCAUAUAGAUUGGAUUCUAAUCAGAAGCCAGUUGCUCCGUGUGGUGCUGUUGCUAACAGUAUGUUUAAUGACAUUAUUACCAUGUCCUAUAAUGCCAAUGGAACUUAUGUUGACGUUCCAUUAAAUGGGAAAGGUAUAUCAUGGUGGACUGACUAUAACAUUAAAUUCCGGAAUCCCACAAUUGGAAAUGAGAGCUUAAGUCAAAUAUUUCAAGGAACAGCGAAGCCACAGAACUGGACAACUGAAGCGUGGAAUUUGUCAAGUGACCCAUAUAAUACAGGGUUUAUAAAUGAAGAUUUCAUUGUAUGGAUGAGAACAGCAGCGUUGCCUACCUUUCGGAAGCUAUACCGCAGAAUUGAGAGUGGAAAUUUCUCAGCAGGUCUCCCUCCUGGCCAAUACAGACUAAAUAUUAUAUACAAUUAUCCAGUCAUAAGUUUUGGUGGACGAAAGAAAAUUGUAUUCAGCAGUGUGUCUUGGAUGGGAGGAAAGAACCCAUUCCUGGGAAUUGCAUAUCUUGCUUUCGGAUCUCUAUGUACUUUCUUUGCCAUCAUAAUGCUGAUUGUAUUUGUAAAGUACCAGGGGAGAAGCGAUGAUGACAUCUAGCAUUACGCAAAGUGACCAUUUUGAAGUUGCUAAUGAUUUUAAAUUACAUUGCUGUUUACAUAAAGUUCAACAUAAAACAUAUACCUCUUUCACAUCUCCAGUGCCGGAUCCCACCCGGGAAAUGGAAACGGGUCCUUCCCUGGUAGGAUCUGGCGUUGAACCCUAACAACAGGCUUCCUGACCGGCAAUAUGCCGAGUCAGGUUGCCAUAGCAGCGAGGGGUGGAGCCGGCGCUGGGAGAUGAUCUCCUCUCCCAAUGUAGUAAAUGGGUCCCGGGUUGCAUAGACCUGGGAACACGUUCACACUGCCACUGAUCCGGUAUUCAACCCGGGAAUGACCCUUCUUAAACCUUGGUUGAAUUACCGGGUUGGGCAACCCAGGAAUUCUCCAUGGCCCCUUUUGACGGGUGGUCUUCAGUAUGUCGGCUGUCGGGAUCCCGGCGCACCGUAUACCGGCGCCGGGAUCCCGACAGCCGGCAUACCGACACUUAUUCUCCCUCGUGGGGGUCCACGACCCCCCCUGGGGGGAGAAUAAAAUAGCGUGGCGUGCAUAGCUCGCCACCGUGCCCGUAGCGUGGCGAGCGCAGCGAGCCCGCAAGGGGCUCAUUUGCGCUUGCCACACUGUCGGUAAGCCGGCGGUCGGGCUCCCGGCGCCGGUAUGCUGGUCGCCGGGAGCCCGACCGCCGGCAUACCGUAGUGAACCCCUUUUGACAUGGCACAUACCGUGUUGUGCAAUGUGAAAGGGGUAAUAUAUGUAUGCAACUAUACCAUAACUACCAUGUCUUUACAUAGCAACUUCUUAGAAUUUUCUUGUAAGAUUUGUUUAUGUUGUAAAAUGUUUUUGCUUCAGCAUCAAAUCUUGAGAAUGAAAUCAAAAGUUAACACCUCCAAUUAUUCUGUAACAUGGUGUAAAUAAAACAUAAAGGUGUUCUUUCAAAAGUCCUUUUAAAUAAGUAAAAUACACUCUUUUAAAAAGAUAACUUUUGGUAAAAUAAUGUUUACAAAGACUACUGCUUAUUAGAAUGCUGUGAUUUUCUGUAUAAUAGAUCAUGGUGUUCUACCAUGAAGAUGUUCUCUGUCUCUGUAACUUUAAAUUAAAAUGGGCUCAGUGCUCCAGUCACAUGAGAGCAAGUCUGCAAUCAAAGAGCUCCAUGUGCGGUUUUCACAGUGGAAGAGUUUACUUAUUAUCUUUACAGUCAUGCUUACUUUCACUUUAUAAUGCUGCAGUUCCUGGUCAGAAAGUUGUGGCAUUCCAUGGGAAGGCCCUUAAACCCAAAUUUUGCUUAACGUGUUGUCCUGGGUAUCUUUAUUACUGGGGUCUCUAUAUAAUACAGUAGAGAGCCCCUUCGUCAAAUUAAAUCUCACCUACAGUAUAGGCAAUAAUACUGAAGUAUAGGUUACCUCUGUCCAUGCAUUUCUUUAAAAGGUACAAUAAGUAUGUAUGCUGAUUUUGUUUCUUUUAUGCAGCAAAAUAAAAUUAUAUUUUUAUGUUAUUAAAUGUUCUUUGUUUUACUAUACUGUUUGAAAUAAAAUCUGUAUGAAUAUCCGUUUA